AUGACUUGGGAGAAGUUGUUGUUGAUGAUGAGAGUGAUGGUGACGAAAAUUAUGACGCAGAAUGCCUCUUCUGCACAAGCAUGUAUUCUGCAGACAAGCAUGGUGAACAGUGGGUUAGGUGUACAGUGUGCUACAGAUGGGCCCAUGAAGAUUGUGGUGCAGAAGAUCCUAUCUUUGUGUGCCCAAUGUGUGAAAAAAAACAGAAAAAGUAACUAUAUAAUCAAUAUGGAAAAAGAAAAUAGGGAAAUAGCUCACACUGAAGACACAGAAUUGCAGAUAUUGAGAAAAUCCGAGUCUGUUGCGAGUGUACUAACAUCAGCUGAAGUAAUUGAUUGUCAAACAUCUGGUCCAUCAAAGAUGAGUAUUUGUGAGAGAAAAACUGCAAAACGAAAAACCAUGAUUCUUAUCUGGAUAUAG